AUGCCUAUAGCAGAGAUCUUUCUCUCUGCCUUCGUCAAAUUGCUGUUUGAGAAGAUGUCCUCUUUUGCGUCCUCCAAAUUACCCACCUUUGAAGGUAUUGGUACCCAGCUGACUAAUUGGACCAAUAUGCUGUCGCAAAUUGAAGCUCUUCUGAUUGACGCGGAGGAGAAGCAACUGACCGAUCGACCCGUGAACCUGUGGCUCGACGAUCUCCAGGAUCUGGCAUAUGAUUUGGAUGAUUUAGUGGAUGAGUGCGCCACCGAAGCUUUGCGACACAAGCUCAAGGCAAAGCCGCCCCAAGCUAGUUCCAGCAAGGUAUGGAAUCCCAUCCUUAAUUUCAAGCCAAGAGAUGUCAUGUUUAAUUUGAAAAUGAAGUCCAAGAUUGAGGAGAUCAAUACCAGAUUGCACAAUAGUUUUGAACAAUGUUCAAAACUUAAUUUGGUUAAGAUUGUUGGAACCAGCCCUACACCUACGACUAAGACUUGGCAAAGACCAGACUCUACAUCUUUAUUUGAUGAACCUCGCAUUUAUGGCCGAGAACAUGAUCAAAGAAAGAUAAUUGAGUUGCUUCUAAGGGGGGAUGAAUCAAGUCAUAACAACAUUGGUGUAAUUCCCAUUGUGGGUAUGGGUGGGAUUGGCAAGACCACCCUUGCUCAGAUGGUAUACAACGAUGAAACUGUGCAGAAGCAUUUCCAUCUGAAAGCCUGGGUCUGUGUGUCAGAUGAGUUCGACAUUAUGAGAAUAACAAAAGCAAUUCUUGAGUCAGUGACUUUCCAGACAUUUAGUUUUAAUAACUUGGACCAAGUUCAAGUUCAACUAAAGCAGUCUUUGGCUGGAAAGAAGUUCUUAAUUGUUUUAGACGAUAUUUGGAACAAAAAAUACAGUGACUGGAAUGUUUUGAAGAAACCUUUCAAUGAUGGAGCCAAAGGGAGUAAAGUUGUGGUGACUACACGUGACAGAGAAGCUGCAGGAAUGAUGACAACUGUUCAACUUCAUGACGUUAAGUUCCUAUCAAAGGAGGAUUGUUGGUCAUUGUUUGCACAACAUGCUUUUGCGAUUACAAGCAUUGAUGCAAAUCCAAAAUUGGUAUCAAUUGGUAAGGAAAUUGUGGAGAAAUGUAAAGGUUUGCCUCUGGCUGCUAGGACACUCGGUGGCCUUUUACGCAACAAAGUACGAGAUGAGGAAUGGGAAGACGUAUUGCAUAGUAAAAUAUGGGAUUUACCACAAGAAAGUGACAUCCUUCCAGCUUUGAGGUUAAGUUACCAUCAUCUACCUUCAGAUUUGAAGCAGUGCUUUGCAUACUGCUCCAUAAUACCCAACGACUACGAAUUUGAGGAAGAGGAGUUGGUCUUGUUGUGGAUGGCAGAGGGUUUCAUUCAAAAACAAAGAAAGAAACAAAUGGAAGAUGUUGGAGGUGAGUACUUCCGAGAAUUGUUGUCAAGGUCUUUUUUCCAACCAUCAAGUACCAGUAAAAGCUCUAAAUUUGUGAUGCAUGACCUCAUCAAUGAUUUGGCUCAGGUUGUUGCAAGAGAUACUUGUUUAAGAUUGGAUGAUAAAUUUAAAGAUCAGGAGCAAUACCGAAAUCUAAAGAAAGUUCGACAUUCAUCCUACACGCAAAAGUACCAUGAGGGUAUGAAAAAAUUUGAUAUCUUUGACAAAGCCAUGCACUUACGAACUUUCUUACCAUUUAACAGACAAAAUGUUCUGUGUUAUUUGGCAAGCAAUGUUCCCCUUAAUCUAUUGCCAAAGCUAAGACGCUUGAGGGUGCUCAAUAUGAGUAGAUACCGCAUCACAGAAGUUCCAAAUUCGGUUGGAGAUUUGAAACAUCUACGGUAUCUUAGCCUAUCCUACACCUCCAUUGAAGAAUUACCUGAAUCACUAGGCUCUCUUUACAAUCUACAAACAUUGAUGUUAAGAGAAUGUACAAAAUUGAAAAAGUUGCCAACAGACUUGGGAUGCCUAAUUGACCUACGUCAUCUCGAUACUACAAAUGCACAUUCCUUAAAAGAAAUGCCACUGGGAAUAGGUAAGUUGGCUAGUCUUCAAACACUGUCCAAUUUCAUUGUUACUAAAAACAAUGGGCAUCAGUUAAGAGAGUUGGGGAACUUAAUUUAUCUUCGGGGGAAGCUUUGCCUAUCUGGGUUACAUAACGUGGUCGUUCCAUUAGAUGCAAGGGAGGCGAAUUUAAAUGAUAAGAAGGGGUUAGAUGUGUUAUCAAUGGAAUGGAGUGUUAACUCAGAUAAUUCACAAGAUGGAAGAGUUGAAACAGAAGUGCUUGACAUGCUACAACCUCACAAAGAUUUAAAAGAGCUCCAUAUCAAAGGCUACCUUGGUACAGGAUUUCCGACUUGGAUAGGAGAUCCUCUGUUCUCUAAUAUGGUUGACCUAAGUUUAGAUAAUUGUGGAAAUUGUGUAUCCUUGCCACCACUCGGACAACUACCCUCGCUCAAAAAGCUUUAUAUUAAAGGAAUGAGUGUACUAAAACAUGUUGAUCAUGAGUUUUACGGGCAG